AUGGGACGGCUUUUUGCUCUGACUUCAAUGCAGAUGAUGGUGGUGGUAAUCUCUUGGGUGGUCAUUAUAACUGAAGCUAUUGACUCCUUGGAAGCAAGUAGCUGCUCUGAAUGUCACAGCAAUGCUACCUGCAUGGGAGAUGGGGCUGCCAUGACGUGCUCCUGCUAGGUGGGCUUCACUGGCAAUGGCUUCGAGUGCGUGGACCUAGACGAUUGUGCCACCCCUGAUGCCCACUGCUCUGUCAACAGCAGCUGCUUAAACACGCUGAGCUCUUACAUGUGUGUUUGUGCCCAGGGCUUCCGACUCUGGCCUGGGCUCGGUUGUGCAGAUGUGGACAAGAGCGCGGAGCCAGGGCUCAGCAGCUGCCAUGCCCUGGCCACCUGUGUCAACAGCCAGGGUAACUACUCUUGCGUGAACCCUGAGGACUACUGAGGGGACAGGCGGCGCUGUGAGUGCUCCUCAGGCACCUUUGGGCCAGGGCUUGUUUGCAUGGCCUAGGGAGAGGCGCUCCUGUGCUCCAACCCAUGCCAGGUGCACUGCACUUUGGACCAGUACUGGCGCAGUACCAAGCACGGUGCGGGCUACAUCUGUGACAGGAACCUGCGCGGCUGGUACCACUUUGUGGGGCAGGGCAGCGGGCGCCCGGCUGAGACCUGCGUGCCUGUCCUGCGCUGCAACACAACCGUGCCCUUGUGGCUCAAUGGCACUCACCUGUCCAACUGUGAGGGCAUCGUGAGCCGCAGGGCCUGUGCUCACUGGAGUGGGGACUGAUGCCUGUGGGACGCGCCAGUUCAAGGGAAGACCUGCGCCGGUGGCUACUAUGUCUACAACCUGACCAAGCCCCCUGAGUGUCUGUGUGACUGUGAUCCUGCAAAUCCCAGCUCCGUGGAGGAGACGUGUGAAGAGUGCAGGAUAGAAGACUGCAUAUCGGAUAAUGGCAGAUGGGGCUGCCAGUGCAAGCAGCACUUUAAUGGCAGCGAUCUCUCUCUCCUGCAGCACAGGCUGGAGUAGGGCUUACACUUUGAGAAGGUCUUCAUGUACUUACAUGUACCAUGUUCAGGCUUCCUUGAAAGGGGUGACUGAGUCUAUGUGGUGACCCCAGCCAGGGAUGACCCCUAUGAGACAGUAAUGAUGAAGUAUCUGGCAGAUGAUAUCAUCAUUUGUGAUGUCAACAGCAGCAUCAAAUUUGGGUUCUUCUACCUGGACAUGAAAGUCAGCCUGAAGUCUUACCUGCAGCCAAUGAUCCGGUGUGGCCACAGAGGGUCCCCAGUGCCCCUGUCCAGCUGCCCCCUACAAUCCCUUAACCACAGCCCUCAGCUUCUCUGUCAACUGCCUCCCACAGGGAACUGGAUGAGGAAACUUGGAGAUGGUGUUAGAAGUGCACUGGGUCCUGGUGAGCAACAUGCCUGGGGGAAGAAAUCUCUUUUGGGUGAAACAUCACCUGGCCAAGCAGUGCCCUGGAGCAAUGUGGCCACGUCCCAGAUCUGUACCCUCAAUAUCAGCAUGGGUGGAAUAGGAAUGUUCAAGAAAAUGGCCCUCUUUCAAAGCUCUGACUAAACACAGCCUUACCAAGGUUCCACUGUUACUCUAUCCACCAACACCUUUCUCUAUGUGGGCACCACGUGGGAUGGGGGCAAUUUGUCCUGCUUUGUACUGCUGAUGACCAACUGCUAUGCCACAUCCAGUGGCAAUACCACAGACCCUUUGAAGUACUUUAUUAUCCAGGGCAAUUGUCCAAGGUCAAAAGAUUCAACCUUCCAAGUGCUGGGGAAUGGGGACUCACCUCAGGAUCGAUUCUCUGUCCAGAUGUUUUGUUUUGUGGGAAACCAUGACCUGGCCUACGGGCACUGUAAAGUGUAUCUCUGUGAUAUCGUAAAUGAACAGUGCAAACCUACCUGCCCCAGGACCAGAUUGUACAAUAAGGGCAUCAUAGACCAAUCUCAUGUCCUGAACUUGGGUCCCAUCAUGUGA